AUGAGAGUGUUAGUGAUGUUGAUUUUAAUCGCCUUAUAAAUCUUCCUCAUUUAAUUAGGAGUCAAUAUAUUUUUUAUGUUAGCAAGAGUAAGAUUCAGAAAAAACAUAAUUUCAAUCACGUUAAUUUACAUGUAUAUUUAAAACUAUACUGCCUUAAUCAAUCAGUAUAAUUUUUUUAAUUAUUAAGGCUCUUCUCUAUUAUGGCCAAUAGGGAAAUCUCAUAAAUUAAUUAUGUUUAAGGAGACGUGUCCCUCCUCUUUGAAUCAUCAAAUCAUUAGACAUGGAUGUAUAGGUUUGCAUUACCAGUUUCAUUACUAAUAGGAUUAAUUUUACCCAUGUCAUUACUUUGGUUUUUGUACCAAAAAAGAAACUUAUUUGAUAAAAUAUAAUUCAGAAAACAUAUCGGCUAUCUAUUUAAUGAAUAUAGCAAUAAUAGCUCUUUUUGGGAAUGGAUUAAAUUAUGGAAAAAAACAAUCAUUAUUAUUAUUUUGAUUUACUUUGAAACAAAUAUAUUUUAUAAAGGGUUUUUAAUUGGAGUGUGUUUAAUGAUCUAUUAAAUAAUCACAGCAUAAUAUCUACCUUACAUUUAUUCAAAAUUAAAUAAUUUAGAUUUGAAAUCAGCACAAUUAUGUUCAAUAGCAAUUUUCUUAGCAGCAGUAUAAUAUCUUUGUGAAUAAUAAGAAGAUUAAGUAUAUGCAAAAAUUUUGUAAAUUCUGAUAAUUCUAAUAUGCUUUAAAUUUAGUUUUCCAUAUAUUUUUGAUAUUAUUUCAGCCUAUUAUUAUAAAUAUAAAGAAAAAUUAUUGAAACUCUUAGUAAUUGCUUUAAAAACAUUAAACCCUUAAUCAAAUUUAAUAUGCAAACUUACAUAUAAACUAGAUUAAUGGAGAUAAAAGAGUAUUAGAAUAGAAAGAAAUUUCAAAAAGUUGAAAUAAAUGACAAUUUAAUAAAAGCGUAAAGAUAAAAUUGAGUAAAUAUAUUAUGUUAUUCAAGGCGAUAACAAAUUUGUGUUCCAACCUUAUCCCUUAAUAAAAGUGGUGAGUUAAAAUUCAAACUUAUGAAUUUUUGA